AGGGAGGGAAGGCCUGGAACAUCCGACAGGAUGGUGACCAUCUGGACAAUCGCGCUUUUCCUGCUGGGAGCAGCCAAAGGAAAAGAAGUUUGCUAUGGUAACCUCGGGUGCUUCUCUGACUCUGAGCCCUGGGGUGGGACUGUAAUCAGGCCCCUGAAAGUUCUUCCCUGGAGCCCUGAGAAGAUUGGCACCCGUUUCCAGCUCUACACCAACGAGAACCCAAACACCUUUCAGAUUCUACUUCCCUCUGAUCCAUCAACAAUUGAGGCAUCGAAUUUUCAAACAGACAGGAAGACCCGGUUCAUCAUCCACGGCUUCAUAGACAAGGGAGAUGAGAGCUGGCUGCUGGAUAUGUGCAAGAACAUGUUCAAGGUGGAGAAGGUGAACUGCAUCUGCGUGGACUGGAGGAGAGGCUCCCAGACCACCUACACGCAGGCCGUCAGCAACGUGCGCGUGGUGGGCUCGCAGGUGGCCCAAAUGAUCGGCAUGCUUUCGACAAACCACAGCUACUCACCUUCCCAAGUCCACCUCAUUGGCCAUAGCCUGGGAGCCCACGUGGCUGGAGAGGCAGGAAGCAGGACUCCUGGCCUGGGCAGGAUUACAGGGUUGGAUCCUGUAGAAGCAAGCUUCCAGGGUACUUCUGAAGAGGUUCGACUUGAUCCUUCUGAUGCUGCCUUUGUUGACGUGAUUCACACGGAUGCAGCUCCCCUGGUCCCAUCCCUGGGUUUUGGAACAAGCCAACUGUUGGGUCACCUUGACUUCUUCCCCAAUGGAGGAGAGGAGAUGCCAGGAUGCAAGAAGAAUAUCUUGUCACAGAUUGUGGACCUCGAUGGCAUCUGGUCAGGAACCCGGGACUUUGUGGCUUGCAAUCACCUAAGAAGCUACAAGUAUUACUCAGAGAGCAUCCUCAAUCCUGAUGGGUUCACUGCGUUCCCCUGCAAUUCCUACAAGACCUUUAAGUCUAACAAGUGCUUCCCCUGUCCAGAUGAAGGGUGCCCGCAGAUGGGGCAUUAUGCUGAUAAAUUUGCUGACAAGGCAGCUAAGGAGCAGCAAAAAUUCUUCCUGAACACAGGCGAUUCCAGCAAAUUUGCCCGCUGGAGAUACGGCGUUUCCGUCACACUGUCUGGAAGAAUUGCCACCGGUCAGGUCAAAGUUUCUUUGUUUGGAAAUAAGGGGAACACUCACCAAUAUGACAUCUUCAGGGGGAUUCUCAAACCAGGCUCCACUCAUUCCGCUGAGUUUGAUGCAGAGCUGGAUGUUGGAACAAUUGAGAAAGUCAAGUUCCUUUGGAAUAACAACGUGGUAAACCCCACCCUCCCCAAAGUGGGUGCAGCCAAGAUCAUCGUGCAAAAGGGAGACGAGAAGGCAGUGCACAGCUUCUGUAGCAAGGACACUGUGAGAGAAGACGCACUGCUCACUCUUACGCCCUGUUAAACUCCAGGCACCAUAUAGUCACUGUGUUAACAUCAAUAAAAUCCACUGAUGCAUCU